AUGGCAGCUUCCCUGCUUUUGCGCCGCACAUGCGCCCAACCUUUCACAAGGCGGCUUGCUACCCGGUCGUUGUCCACAACCGCAGUCCUGCGCCGACCUAGCGAUGACAGCAAACCUUCAUUCGGAUUCAAGGACUCUCCCGCUCCUCCACGCCUCCCCAAAGAAGAACAAGAGAUCUUUGAGGAGCUCCAGCGCCGUUCGACCGGUGCGUUCAGCACACCACAGAUCAACCAGUCGCCACAGUCCGGCGCCCAGCCCAAGAUCAAGGUCAACGGGAGUGGCGAGGAGCUUCACCCGGAUGCGCCGCAAGGCCUCAAGCCCGAAUUCGAUGGCGAGAAGAAUCCCAAGACAGGAGAAAUCGGUGGACCCAAAAAUGAGCCUUUGCGCUGGGGAUCUGAGGGGGACUGGAGCUAUGGAGGACGAGUGACGGAUUUCUGA